ACAGUCGCGCGCCGGCAGCCGACGAAGGAGGACUAUUGGAUUACGAGCGAACGGAGAAGUGUGUGCGCAGUGCGUGGAGUGUGGACGGUACACGGGACGCUGCAGAAGGUUAGAUAAAUGGUGAAAGCCUGGCGUAAGCUAUGUACAAUCUGAACGUGAACAUGAAUCCCAGCCCGACCGGGGCUACGGGUCUUCUCGGUGUCACGGCGGCGGCGGCCGAGGUCACGCCAAGGACACCGGAAAUCGUAAACUCGCUGAUCGCCAUGACCAAUCCCUUCGAGGGCUACGGCAGCGGUAACGAGAAGGGCAUGCGAGACCGCACGGACUCGACUAGUAGCGGCGAGCCGAGCCCACCUAGCGUCCAGCACACCUGUAGUCAGCUCAUCAAGGAAGGGCUGAAGCUGACGCUGCAGACGAAGAGGCGGGCGAAUAGUAGUGGCGACGACAGCAAGAAGAAGACGAAGAAGGAGGAUGGCAGCGGCGCCGACGAUGAGGAAGAAGACGAGAUGAGCAACAACAACAACAAGAGUAGUCUGACACCGGAGGACGAGGAACGACGACGGCGGCGACGCGAGCGCAACAAGAUCGCGGCGACCAAGUGCCGGCUGAAGAAGCGGGAGAAAACGGUGAUCCUCGUGCAGGAGUCCGAGAUCCUUGAGACGCAAAAUCACGAUCUGAAGUCCCAAAUCCAAGAACUGGAGACACAGAGGCGCAGGUUGGUCGAUAUGUUAAGUCUUCACAGUCCAACCUGUUUGAAACAGGGCAUGGACACGACAUCUUAUCAGCAGUACGCCGAGCCUCUUCAGCUGCCCAGCUAUCAGGAGAACUUCGUGCAACAACAGCAACCUCCGCCGGCCCUGAAUCAGCCGCAGAACUGCGUGACCGAGUAUCCAGUAAAAGUCGAGGAAUACGAAACCGAUUACUAUCGGCAAAGUAGUCCCUUCGUCCCGACGACGUCGGAUGCUGGUUGUACGGUUUAGCGAAACGGCGAAUAUCGUUUUUUUUCGUCGUUUUUUUUGAAGAAGAGAGGAUCGUCGAGAAGCUCGGAAAGCGUACCUAAUAAUUGAAGAUUCGGCGGAGGUACGAAGUUGGUACUAUAAUUUGUUUUCUUUCCAACAUUAAUUGAUUCUAACUUUAUCUAAAUAAUAUAGAAUUUGAAAAGAUAUCUAAAAAUUUUAAAAAGCAAACUUUUUUACUAAAUUGUAAAAAUACAGAUAUAUUCUUAUAUACAAUUUUACAAAUCUAAAUGACAAAACUAUAAGGAAUUGAAAACUAUGAUAAAAGUCAGUGUGUGAUUGUAAUGAUUAUUUAAUUCUCUCUAUAUUUUUUUACUAUUAUCUUUAUUAACUUUUUUUAAACAAUAAUACAAUUUUAAUUAUGAUUUGAAAAUUAAGAGUUCGAGGAAAAGUCUGAAAGAAAAAUUCUGAUUUUUAAUAUAUAAAAUUCUAUAUUUUAUAUUUUAUUUAUAUCAAUUCUAUAUAUUAAUAUUCUACAAAAUAUAUUUUGAUUAUAUAUGCACAAUAUAUUAUGUGAAAUUUUGUUUUGUAAUUAGAUAUUUUAUUUUGAAUACUAUAUCUUAAUGGACGAAAAAUGAUUGGUGUUCUAAUGGGGAAACCAAGAUUAUAUGCAUUCCACAUACGAGAUAUCACAGAACUGAAGAAAGCAAUUUUGAUGAUUAUGUUUGAUUUUUAUUUUUUUUUUAUUUUUUUAAAUUUAAUAUUUAAUUUUAUUUUUUUUUCUAAACAAGCAGUCCGUGCUUCUCUUCGUUAAUCUCUUUCGAUCGUAAAAAUCCGUAGCUCGUAAGUCGAUUAUUAUAUCGUAAACGCGAACAUGAUUUAUAUUUUUCGUCGUCCUCAUCAUUCAUUGAUCUUUUUUCCUCUUUUUCUCAUUUCAUCUGUUUCGCUUUCUUUUUUCUAACGAGUUCUCGUUAUACUCGAAAAACGUUCGACGUAGAGAACGCUUAAACACAUUCCUUCGUAAUAAUUGUACUGUGACAUUCUUAAGGCCUUAUUAAUAAUAUAAUCGAUAAUAUAUGUAAGAUAGAAGGACGGAUUGUGUCCAGUGAUGCUCUCUCGCUCAUCUACAAGAAUUAUUAAAAGUUAUUUCGAAUAUUUAAUAAAAAAAUUAAAAAAAUUUUUUUCUCUUUAUAUUAAAAAUUAUUUAUGAUUAAACAUUUAAAGUUUAAUUAUGUUAAUUAUAUUAUAUUAAUUUUCUGAUUUUCAUGAUUAAAAUUCACAAAUUAUCCAAAAAAUAUUUUUAACUUUUUUUCAUUUUGAUUAUUAAUUUUUAAAACUAAGUUGUAAUUUCAGUUAACUAAAAAGAGCAUUGUGUUUCUAUAUCUUUGUUAGUAGAAACGAAACUUUAAAAAUCUGCCGGUACUUUUACUAUUUGGCGAAUACAUUAUUUUCUUUCUUUAUCUCUUUUUUACAGUUGUCGCGCUGACGAAAAAAACUAGCGAGACGAGCGAGACGAGCGAGCAUCGCUGAAGGAUAUCCUGUCGUUAAAUAAUAAGCAAGAACCGAGACACUGCGCUUCGAACACUCAACAAUUGAAAAGAAUAUUAAAUAUUUUAUUUAAAGUAGUAAACUGCAUUAAAAUUUUAAAUAUGAAAACAAGAAGAAUUUUUAUUUUAGAAUGUUUUCUUAUAAAUGACAAUUCUUAUAAAUAAUAUGUUAUUAUAUAAAGUUAUGGAAAAUAUAAAAAAUAAGAAUAUUUUAAUGUACAUUUAUUAUAAAAAAGAGGAUAUAUUUAGGAAACAAACUUUUUAAUUAUUCGCCAAGCGCCUGUCUCGGAUUCGUGAAACAGUGAGAAAGAGAGAGUACACGCGAGUAUCCCGGUGUAGGUAAAUCUGUCAUUGAUAUAGAUUUAUAUAUGAUUUGUAUAUCUUUCAUUGAUAUUGAUAUUGAUUAUCAACAAGUCGAUAACGUGCGUUUUUUUAGAGGAUACUUAUAAAUACGAAUGAAGCGAAUGAUAUUUAAUAUUAUGUACGCACAUAUAUUUUAUACAAAGAUAUAUUAUAUAAAUAUGUGAAUAUAUACGUAUAUGGGGUGUCUCAACGAUCAUGUAUCAUUAUACAAUUCUUUCGCCGUUAUAUAUGUGCAAAAGAUUUUAUAAAAUAAAGCAUAAAAUUUUAUUUUAAAAAGAUUUUUAAUGUUUUUACAAAUUAUUUGUUAGUUAUAUGAAAGAAUUGAAAAAUCGUUUUUCGUAAAAAUAGUGAUUUAUCAAGUUUGAGACACUUUGUAUAUAUGUAUAUGUUAUAUACAUGUGCAAAAAUCGCAUAAAUAAGCCUAUACAGUUAAUGAACACUUAAUUACAUGACGAUUAUUAAAUGAUAGAUUCGUUGAAGAGAAUUACGUGCCUAACGACAUACCUCAAUUUGUUACCCUCCCUCAGUGCGUUUGUAAAUUGAGACUUUACCACUGUUAACACUAUCUCCUAUUAUAUCUAGUUUCAAUGUUCACAUAAAAGAUCAUUACAUAAAAAAAUAGAAAGUGAAGCAAAGUAAUGCCAAAGAGAACUGUGAGCAAGCAUAACAUAAUAUAUAUAUGUAUGGUAUCGCGUCACUAUCGCUUGAUAUAUAUAGUUCACUCUGUAAUAAACAUAUAAUUUUUACAAAUUUGUUGAGAAAGAAAGAGAGAAAAAGCCCAAAAUUUUGUAUUUUUAAAAAAAAUUAUUCAAUAUUUUUAAAGUCAAAGAAACAGAAACUUUUUUUUAUUAAAAUAUAUUUGUCUUUUAUAAAUAAAAUGUUUUUAAUUUUUAUUGAGCGUUAAAAUAAUUUCAGAUUAACUUUGAAUCAAUUAACUCUUUGAAGACUUUAUAUCUUUUGAAGAUUUCUUUAUAAAAUAUUUUGUUUUUUAUUUUGGCAAACGCACUUUGGGAGCUACGCUUAUAAGAAGAUUUCUCACGUAAUUUUUUAUGGAAGUUAGUUUGAUUUAUUUUUAGCAAAGUGCUGUAAUAUUAAUCAACGAAACAAACGCUUACAAAAUCAUGGACUAAAUGCCUUUUCCUCUUGGGAGUGUUGCCACCAUCAAAUUGAUAAAACCGUAAGAUUUUUCUAGCGCUUUGUGAGCAAAGCAAAGCAAGAUAAAGUCUUUCGAGUUUUCUCUUUCUUUUUUCUUUGACAGUAUACCGAAUUUACGAAAUUAAGUAAAAUCCCGGUAUGACUUCUAAAUCGCGAAAAUGGCAAUCAUGCCAGUAUCACACAACAACGACACUGUGUGAAUGGUGCUAUAGAAAUAUUAUUCUCUUUUUAUAGAAUUUUUAUUAAGUUGCCAGAAUAGAGUAUUUAAUAGUUUAAUAUCUGAUUAAAUGUCAUAUCUAUAAUAGUUUUAUAUCUGAUUAAAUGUCAGAUCGAGAUAUUUUUUGAAAUUAAAAAGAUAAUAUAAAAUUAAUGUCAAAAGAAAAUAUGUUAGAGAUCGGUUUAAAGAGUUUAAAGAGUUUUAAUAAUAAUUUACGCUAUAUUUGAAUCGUAAAUUUGCAUUGUACGCAACCUCCGUGAUUCUAAAUACAUCCCCUUUUUGUUAUUUGAAUACUGCCAGUGCUAAGAUCCCGGAUAUUGUGGCUUCUAGUACCUAAGAAUUUGUCUUCUUCUUUUAUCAGCAAAUUAUCAAAGAAUUUUUUCUUUUAGAAUGUAAGCGUCGCUUUUUGAAGCAAAAUUAAAUAAAUGAGUAAGGAAAACUUGCCAAAUUUUCACCGAUUAAGAGAAUUGGCAUUAUUGUAUCUUCUAUAUAUAUUACUCAGUACCUGGCUAUGGUUUUCCAUGCAGUAUGGCUGUUCUUCCCGCAAAUUCUUAUUAAUAUACCGAUUGUUCGAGCAAGAUGGAAAAACGGCCGAUAAAAUUUUAUCGUUGUAACCUGACAAAAAAUUUUAUUCUUUAAAUAAAAGUGCCUUCAAUACUAAAAAUUAA